CAAGCGAAUAGGUGUCGCUAUGCGCUUGUGUGAUAAAGAAACACGGAAGCUUCAGCCAUUUUGGCUAACUUACUGGACUGCGCUUUUAACUGUUCUUGAAAAAAGGGAAUAAAGACCUGUCUGUUUCAACAUGAUAUUAACAAUCGAGGUAAUUCACCAGUAAACGUUAAUCAGUGUAAAAGUCUUCUAUAUUAUUUUUCUUCUGUUAUUCGGCUCGUGCUGCAGACCUCUGGUUCAGGGCGAGGCUCAGAAACGACGGAUCUCUGACAAACAGGAGGAGGAUUUCAAUAACUCUUCAAUAAUUCUUCGGAUCAUAUUUAUGAACACAACUCUACAACGAGAUGAAGAGAGCACUUACAGUUCUUCUUUUUCUAUCAUUCACGAUCGGUGUGUUUGUUGAUGGAUAUGAAGUGUCAGUAACAGAGGGAGAUUCAGUCACUCUAAAGUCUGGUGUUAGUGAAAUACAGACAGAUGAUGAGAUUGUGUGGAGGUUCAAUGGAACUCUUAUAGCUACCAUCAGCAGAGACGACAGUGGGAUCUCAGUAAAGGUUGAACCUGAUGGGUCAUUCAGAGACAGACUGCAGCUGGACAAUCAGACUGGAGAUCUCAAGAUCAUCAACAUCAGAACCACAGACUCUGGAGAAUAUAAAGUAAAGAUCAGCAGCCCCAGUGGAUCCUCAGAGAUAAUAUUCACUGUCAAAGUUGUGCCUGUAGAUGUGUUUGCUGAUGAAGUGGAGUCAGUGUCAGGGCUGGAGGGAUAUUCAGUCACUCUACACACUCAUCUUACUGAAAUACAGGGAGAUGAUGUGAUACAGUGGAGGUAUGGACCGCAGAAAUCUCCAGUAGCUGAAAUCAAUAGAAAGGCUGGAACCGUCAACACUGUUGAUACUGAUGGGAGAUUCAGAGACAGACUGAAGCUGGAUCGUAAGACUGGAUCUCUGAUCAUCAUAGACACCAGAACCACAGACUCUGGACUUUAUGAAGUUGAGAUCAGCAGAAGCAGAAGAAGUUACACCAGACACUAUACACAGUCAUUCAGAGUGACUGUCAGGGAUUCUGUGGAGUCAGUGUUAGUGCAGGAGGGAGAUAAUGUCCCUCUACGCCCUGAUCUUACUGAAACAGAAAGAAUUGAACAGAUACGAUGGACGUUUGGAGAUGAUGGCAAAUUCAUUGCUGACUUAAACGGCACUGCUAACCAGGACAACUUUGGUCUGAAUAAACAGACUGGAGUCCUCACCAUCAGAAACAUACAAACAGAUCAGAAAGGACUUUAUAAAGUGGAGACCAAAACCAGAACAAUGAUGUCUCACAGGAAAUACCAAAUUACUGUGGUUGGUCCACGUCAGUCUCCAGCUGCUGUAGCAAUGAAUGUUUUUGGUGUUGUUGGUUUUCUGCUGGCUGCUGCUGGUGUGAUUUACUAUUGCUGCAAGAAGUGUAAGACAAGGAAUCAGUCAGGAACAACAAACAGAGGAAGAGAACAGACAAACCGUGCUUUGAAUGGGACACAGGACACACGUGAUAAUGAAGAGACUGAAUUGACCAAUGCUUCUUGAAAUGCGCUGAUGCUGAUAUUGCUCUGAUAUUAUGUUAUUUUGUAUUAAAGGCCAGUGUGACUGAUUUACAGUAAUGCAAGAUGUUACACUGUGAAACAGCUUGAUUGUUAUUAAACCUGUAAGAUUAUGCAGAAGUAAUCUCAAGAUAAUUGAUGUAUAGCUAUAUGCAAUAGUUCUUGUUUGUUUUUAAAGGAUGCUCUUGCGCUGUUACAUCAUAUAUUUGUGCUUUAUUGAAGUGUUCAUGCUUAAAUAUAUUGUAUUAAAUGCAGCGUCAUAUAGACUGCAUUAUAAUCUUUUUGUUUUUCCAUCUCUCUGUCAGCUGAUAAUCUGUGAGUGUGAUAUCUGAACUGAUCUGAAUUCAGUGUUUUUCUGAAGACUGCAGUCUGUGUUCAUUCAGAUGAUCUUACUGUAGAAACAUUUCAUUCCUUCAGCUUUUGCUUGUUUAGAAACCACUGUUAAUAACAGGAAACAGUGUUAGUAUUAAGAAAAUAAAAUGCUGUGUGUGACUAA